AUGUUCCCCUCUAAUGUCACCAAGUUCCACCCCUCCUCUUUCCUCCUGCUGGGAGUCCCAGGCCUUGAAGAGAUGCACAUUUGGAUUGGAUUUCCUUUUUGUUCUGUAUAUUUCAUUGCCCUUGUGGGGAACAACAUGCUCUUGUUUGUGAUCAAGAAUGAACAAAGUCUUCAUCAGCCCAUGUUUUACUUCUUGGCUAUGUUGGCCUGCAUUGACUUGGGUCUGUCCACAUCCACUAUCCCCAAGAUGCUGGGCAUAUUCUGGUUUAACUUAAGGGAAAUUAGCUUUGGGGGUUGUGUCACACAGAUGUUCUUCAUUCAUAUAUUCACUGCUAUGGAGACUGUCGUGUUGGUUGCCAUGGCUUUUGAUCGCUAUGUUGCCAUCUGCAACCCUCUGCGGUACAGUCUGAUUCUCACCAACAGGACUAUUGGCAUCAUCCUCAUUGUGGUGUUUGGUGUUAAUUUCAUUUUGGUUAUUCCUCUGGUGUUUCUUAUUUUGAGGCUUCCCUUCUGUGGACACCAUAUAAUCGCCCACACUUACUGUGAGCACAUGGGAGUUGCCCGGCUGGCCUGUGCCAGUAUAAAGGUAAACAUGGUAUUUGGAUUGAUUCUUAUAUCCAUGGUAUUUGUUGAUGUGGUUCUGAUUGUCAUCUCCUAUGUGAGAAUACUCCGAGCUGUCUUCUGCCUUUCUUCUCGGGAUGCUAGACGAAAAGCAUUUAGUACCUGUGGCUCCCAUAUAUGUGUUAUUCUAGCCUUUUUCACUCCAGCUUUUUUCUCCUUUAUGACCCACCGGUUUGGAAGGAAUGUCCCUGUAUACAUUCACAUUCUCCUGGCCAAUCUAUAUGUUGUGGUUCCACCUGCCCUUAAUCCUGUCAUCUAUGGAGUGAGGACUAAGCAGAUUCGGGAGAGGGUUUCAAGCAUCUUUUUGAGAAAAGGCUGA